AUGGAGUCGCUGGAUGCGGAAUUUGAAGUAUUCCUCAUUCGUUUUGACUGCGUGGCUCCUAGUAAAUCUCGACUCAAGCUAUACAUUAUAGAUCCACACGUACGCCUUGAAGACAUCCGUGCUUUGUGGACGCUUGGAGGGCAGCAAAGGGAUCCUGUUACGCUAAAAGGCCUCGGAAUUGCAGAGAAACUGUGGAACAUCUUUGGGUUUCACGAUAUGGAGUGCCCCACUACGGAUGUAGACCGAUUGCCAAUGGCAGCUUACUACGAAAUGAAACCUGGAAAGUCGACUCCAAAACCACAGUUAUACCUGCCAUUACAUGGCAGGAAUGACGAGGUGAUCGCUGAUGCCUUGACUGAGUUUUUCAGAUACUUGGAAUGGGAGGGGUACGCAUGUCGCUAUAAGCCGGAUUUGAUCUCAAAUUUGUAA